AUGAUAACUAGUCCAAAUGAUAUGGUUACUUAUGAUAAACAUGAUCAUGAUCAUGAUCUUGAUCCACAGCAACAACAAUCUGUAACUAAGGAUAAUCAGAAAAAUCAAUUAACUGUAAAUAAACAACGUUUAUAUUGUAUAAAUCCAUCUAUGAAUUAUUUCAAUAGUAAUAAUAAUAAUAAUAAUAGACGAUUUAGUGAUCAAGGUAGUAGAUUAUCUAAUCAACAAUCAAAUCUACCAACAAUCUAUAAACGACAAAGUCUAUUUAAUAUUAAUGCAAAUCAUCAUCAUCAUCAUCAUCUUAAUUAUCCUAAUCAGUCUAAUCAACAACAUCAAUAUCAUAAUCAUGAUUUGUAUAAAACACGUUUAUAUCCACCGACAAGAUUGAAAAAUUCUUCUACAUCUAAUGUUGAUUUAUUAGCUGAAGCAAUAUUGAAAAUGCAAGGUACAUUGAAUUUUCCAGACAAUGAUUCUACUCAUAAAUCAAGAAUAGAUAGUAGACGUUCAACUUUAAGCUCUAUAUCAUCAACAUGUUUUCCAUUAAAUUUUCGUCAUUUAAAAAGAAAAUCAUGUUUUGAUGAAAAUAUUCAAUUUAAUGAAUUAAAAAAUGAUAAUCAAGAAGAUUAUAAUUGUACUACGGGGUAUCCGACAAUUCAUCAAACAUCUAGUCUUCAAAAGAUCAAUCAACCAAUGAAUAAUAAGGAUGAUAAUGAUGAUGAUGAUGAUGCCGAUGCUGCUGCUGCUCCUGCUGCUGAUGAUGAUGAUGACAAGUUAACUUAUAGGAAUCAAACCAAUUCCAUGUUAAUACCUACUUGUAUAGUGAAUUAUGAUUCAGAUGAGAAAAUUUGUACAAACUAUCAAAUUAAUCAAAAGCCUCCAUUAAAAUAUCAUUCAACUAAUUUAGAAUUACCUAAUCAUCAAUAUAAUGAAAGUAUUCCCCCUUCAGGAAAUCAUUCAGAUUCCAUGAAUAUUAUAUCAUUACAUGUACCAAAACUACCACAAAUCAAUAAAAGUUUAAGUAGUGAAUGUGAAUUGUCUUUACGUAUAAGAAGAGUAUCAAUGAUAUUACAACAGAAUAGACAAGAUAUGAUAACAACACAUUCAUCUAAUCAAUAUAAUGAUAGUAAUGAAGUUGUUAUACCUAAAUUGAAUAGCUCUGGAUCAUCUACAAUUCAUUUAAAGAAAAAUAAUUCAAAUGAUAUGCUAGAACAUACAAACCCUAUUCAUGAUGAUAAUGAUGAUGAUGGUAGUCCUAUGCUGAAGAAAAGUAAACCUUCUAUUGAACUGAUUCAAUCCAAUGAUUAUUUAGAUCCAUUAAAACAAACAUUAAAUAAUGAAACAAAUAAUUUAUUGAAUAAAAAUUCAUUAUUCUCUAAUAAAUUUAAAAAAGAACGUCGUUUAACUGAUAAAUUAUCUAAAGGUAUUGGUUAUCAUCUUGGUAGAAGGCGUCGUUUAUUAGAAAGUCGUAGAAGAAUGGCUGAUUUUGCAUUAGCAUUUAGUAUAUUUGGUAUAUUGGCAGCAUUUCUUGAUAUUGAAUUCAUUUCAAGAUCAUUGUAUAAUAAAAAUAGUAUAUAUUCAACAACUAUACGAAUCUUGAUUACUUUUUCAACAAUUAUUCUUCUACUACUUAUAAUCUGCUAUCAUACAUAUGAUAUAAUGGUUUUUCUAUGUGAAGAAUAUACUAAAGAUUGGAGAAUAUGUGUAACUAAGCAUAGAGUAAUACAAAUUAUUACAGAAUUAUUGAUUUGCUCAAUUCAUCCAUUCCCUGGACGAUUAUAUUUAGCAUUACGUGCAUUAUUAUUACAUUCAAGAAUGUUUAAUGAUGCUGGUUCAAGAAGUAUUGGAGCAUUUAAUAAAGUCAGUUUCAAUUUACAAUUUGUAUUGAAAACAUUAAUGACAUUAUGUCCAGCGAAAGCAUUACUUGUUUUCAUUACAACAAUAUGGAUAAUAUUCAGUUGGACAUUAAGAGCUUGUGAAUUGGAACAAGGAGAUAAUCAUUUAUCUUUAUUAAAUUCAGCUUGGCUUAUAUCCGUUACAUUUUUAAGUAUUGGUUAUGGUGAUAUUGUACCGCAUACAAGUUGUGGCAGAUUAAUUGCUGUUGCUACUGGUCUUAUGGGUUCUGCUUGUACUGCAUUAUUAGUUGCUGUAUUUUCAAAGAAAUUAGAAAUGACUAAAGCUGAAAAACAUGUACUACAUUUUAUGGAAUCUAGUAAACUAACCAAAAAAGUUAAACAUUGUGCAGCUAAUGUACUCCGAGAAACUUGGUUAUUAUAUAAACAUGCAAAAUUAAUGCCAACAUUUAAUUCACAUCGUGUUCGAGCACAUCAACGUAAAUUCUUACAAGCUAUUUACAGAUUAAGAACAAUGAAGGUGAAACAACGUGAACUUCAAGAUAAAUCAAACUCUUUGGUGGAUUUAGCAAAGCUUCAAACAAAUGUUUAUGAAAGAGUUGCUGAUAUUUCAUUACGUCAGGAGGAUUUUCAAAAUCAACUUACAACAAUUGAAGAUAUGCUCAGAAGUAUACAGAAGGCAUUAUUACAACGGAACAUAAUCAAUUCUGGGUCGGUAGAUAAUAGAUGA